CCAAACAAGCCUUUGGAAACUUUCUCUUCACAUCCCCAACACACACCAAACAAACAAAAGAAUUGAAACCGACCAAGCAUCUCUCUCUCUCUCUCUCUCUCUCUCUCUCUCUAGAAAUGGACUUCAAUCUGAAGCAAUGGAGAUGCCAGCAGCAGCAGCAGAAGGAGUCAGAAAAACACCAGCAGCAAGAAGAAGAGGAAGAAGUAGAAGCAUCUGAGUCAUCCACUGCGCUUCCAUUGUUUGUACCUGAUCAACUCACCAGCAAACUCAGUGACGUGUCAGCAUUAAACAACCCGGUUGAUUCAACCCCCACUUCCACCAGAUUUUCCAGGAUGGGAAGUUGCUUGAGCAUGGGACAGUGGAAGGAGCUAGAGCUGCAGGCGUUAAUAUUUAGGCAUUUGGUGGAGGGUGCAACUGUUCCACCUCAACUUCUCCACCACCUUGUCCUCAGCAAAAGCUUUCUUCUCUCUCCAUCUCCUUCACCUUCAUACUACCACCCUCUUCAACACUUCUAUUCCCAUUAUCAUCAUCCAUCUUUAAUGCAAUCAGGAUACUGGGGGAGAGGAUUGAUGGAUCCAGAACCGGGUCGGUGCAGGAGGACUGAUGGCAAGAAAUGGAGGUGCUCAAGGGAUGUGGUGGCUGGCCAGAAAUAUUGCGAACGCCACGUGCACCGUGGCCGCAACCGUUCAAGAAAGCCUGUGGAAAUUCCCACACCCUCUACCACCUACAGUGUUGGUGGAAGUUAUGGUGGAGUUGCUAGUGGUGGCAGCAGUGCCACAGCGCUUAAAACCACUGUACCCUUUGCUUCUCAGGUGUUGGCCAGUGGGGUCCACUUCGAUUGUCCUGGGCCUUCCAUUGAUCUCCACCAACUCAAUCACAGGUUUCAUUUUCAUUCUCCGAAUAACUCAAAAUAUGAAGAGAAAUUUUUUUGUUCGUAUGGUUUCUAUCCAUGAAAUUGCAUAAACCUUCGAGUGAUCUCCUCAAUGGAAGGUAUAAUCUUUUUCUCCAUUACAAAUUUAUAUGUCAAUUGAAUGAUCCGACUUCCAAGUUAUCAAGUAGCUUAGUUUGACAAAUGAUUGCCGAAGUGCAAUUUUUUAUUUUUUAUUUUUUAUAUAUAUGACGGAUUGGUCUAGUUCCAAGUCUUAGUAUAGAGUUGAGUCUUUUCGAAAAAUAUGAGUGAUUGAAAAUCAGUUCCCAAUUAAAAUGACCAUUCUUUUUCUUCUUUUGUCUUGUGGGGAUUUUUAGUGGAUGGAUGCGAUUCUCUUGCAUGAAUCAAGAUCUUUCUCAUGUGACGAUCCCUCGUGUGAUGCGAAAUAGGACCUAAAUGGUCUUACUUGAUUAUUUGAGCCAUUUGUUGUGUAUGUCUGGAUGUGUACAUCUUCUUGAUCGAAAAUAAUUAUUCAUGUGAACAACUCAUAUUUGUCAUCAGAGAAAUGAACGAUGAAACGAUGACCAUCUAUUUCUCUCAAAACAAAAUUGACUCGAACUAAGCCUUAUCAAUAUCUAUUCGACAUGAUUUUUGCAUGGAUAGUGUACACAUUGAGAUUUACAAAAUGUGAACAACUCAGGAUUAUGAAAUGGGACCUUGGCAGGUUCCAUUUCACAAGUGCUGUUCUUUAUUUGCCCAUACCCUCCUUUGUUCCCUUAUUUUUUGCUUAACUUUUCUACCAUAUUGGUUUCUUGUGUUGAUCCUCGGAAUCAAGAAGUGAUAACAAAGCCCUCUUUGAAACCCAAAAUGAGGUUCAAAAAUCCGGUACCGGUGUUCUCCGUCCUUUCUUUGACGAUUGGCCACCGAGAUCACUCCAAGAGCCAGGCACAGCCCUUUCCAUUUCGACUCCAGGUAUUAAUCCAACCUCAGACUUCUCACUUAAACUAUCAACCGGGAAUGGAGAUGGGGUGGGCCAACGAGAUGGGAAUAAUGUUGACAGAAAUCGGCUUCAACUGAAUUGGGCCGGAGGGUGGGGCACAAACCUGGCCGCCCCUUCUAUGGGUGGCCCACCUGCCGAAGCAUUGAGAUCAUCAUCAACCUCCAAUUCUUCCCCAACAAGCGUUCUGCAUCGGUUGCAGCGUGGAUCCCCUUCUGAGACCAGUUAUGUUAGCACCUGAAUUUAGUUUGAUUUCUUUUGUCUGAAUUCUGAAACAGAAGAAAGUGUUGUAAUAACUCUUCUUUGUUUAUUCACUUGGUGUUUAGUUUAGUACCGCUUUUACAUCCUUCUGCCUUGUUAUUACUUUGUCCUUCAUUAAUUUCAUGACUUUGUGGUGUUGGAUUU